AUGGAAGGGGUCAACCGUGCAGCUCUCAUUGGCUUGGCCGUCAUCCUUGGGGUUGCACUCAUCCGACGCGCUAGCAAGCAACGUCGCUCCGUCUUCAGUCACCUUCGUGGCCCUCCCCCCGAGGGCACUUGGGGAUGGAUCACCGGCAACAGCAAGGGUCUCUUCACCGGUCACCCUGAGAUAUCCAGGCAGUGGAUAGAGGAAUUUGGACCUACGUUCCGCGUCACCUCUUUUCUCGGGAUUCAGGCAGUCUACACGAUAGAUACAACUCUGAUCAGUCAUAUCCUCUCCAACUCUAUGAGCUACUACAAGACUGCGGAGGCGCGGAGGGUUCUCGUUCGUUCCAUUGGAAAUGGGCUUGUGGUCGCGGAGGGAGAGGAACAUAAACGCCAGCGACGCCACAUAAAUCCGGCAUUCAGUCUUUCUCAAAUUCGCGAGUUUACGCCAAUUUUUCUCCAGCAGUCUGCGGAGCUGGUACAACACUGGACUUCCCAGGCGAUGGUGGAGGAAGGCGUCGCAAACGUCAACGUCAUCAGUGGUCUCGGGAAGACGACACUUAAUAUUAUUGGCAUCACUGGUUUCAACCACAACUUCGAUGCCUUGAACCCGGACGUUCAGGAUCCCGUCUCCAAAACGUUCAGCGAGUCGCUCAUCGGGAUCACCCCCGGUACAAUCCUACGCCUGCUACUUCCUUUCGAGAUCUAUCGCGAUGAACGGACCAAGAAGGCAGACGAAGCCUUCGCCGCGAUGGACAAGAUCUCCGCGCAGCUUCUCCAACAGCGCAGGACCGAACUAUUGAGUAUAGGCUCUGUCGAGAAGAAAGAUGUGGAGGGUCGUGAUCUUCUCAGCCUGCUCAUCAAGGCAAACCUGGCCGCCGACGUCCCCGAGAGCCAGCGCAUGACAGACAAGGAAGUGCUCGCCCAGGUUCCGAACUUCCUCGCUGCCGGACACGAGACCACGAACACCGCAACCGCCUGGGCGCUCUUCGCGCUCGCCCGGCACCCCUCGAUCCAAGCCGCGCUCCGCGCGGAGCUGCUCGCCGUGCCCACCGCCAUGCCGAGCAUGGACGUGCUCAACGCGCUCCCGCUGCUCGACCGCGUCGUGCGCGAGACGCUGCGGCUGCACCCCCCGAUCAUCAACGUGAGCCGCGUCGCGUGCGCGGACGACGUGCUCCCGCUUGCAACGCCCAUCGUCGACCGCGUAGGGCGCACGCUCACCGAGCUCCCCAUCGCAGCGGGCACGCGCAUCUUCGUCCCGAUCGGCGCGAUUCAGACAUCGCGCGCGGUGUGGGGGGAGGACGCGCUCGAGUUCAAGCCGGAUCGUUGGCUGCAGGACACGCCCGAAGCGGCGGCGCGCUUCCCCGGGAUCUGGAGCAACCUGAUGACGUUCAUCAGCGGCCCGCACGCCUGCAUCGGCUACCGCUUCGCCAUCGUCGAGAUGAAGGCGCUUCUGUUCACCCUCCUUCGCGCGUUCGAGUUCGAGCUCGCCGUGCCUGCCGACGAAGUCGUCCCCGUCGGCAUCUUCAUCAGCCGUCCCGGGCUGCGCGCAGACCGUGCGGCAGGCCCUCGGCUGCCCAUGCGCCUCCGACCGCUGAAACAGGCUUGA